CAAAGGCUACUAUUUCACGUGACUUGCAAAACAGUCCUCGGCAAUACGCCUAUAUCUGGCUUUCAACUUCUUUGACUCGAUACGUCCAGUCGCAUCGGCAGGAGUUGCAGGGACCGAACUACGCACGCCAGAUGUCGGAUUCAGUUGUUCAGGGCUGUUUCAUCCUUUUGGCGUCACAUUUAUGCAGCGCUAGUGCAAACUUCGGCAAAGACGACGUCUCGAAAGUACAGCUAAGCCUGAACAUCAUGGAAGGCGAGCAGACGUCACUUCCUUGCCCCAUCGACAUGUCGUCACGUGAACCUCUGUCCGCCGUCUGGUUCCAUGUCAGCGCAGUGGCGUCUCGCAAUUCAAAUGCGCCGAACGGCACGAUGAAAGAACCGAAGAAAGUGUACGCGCUGGAAGCGCCUGUCUCAUCGCAAAGGGUGCUGGCAGGAAGCGUCACCCUUGUCGAUGGCAGCCACUGGAAGCAGCCCCGGUGGAAACACCGGGCGUUCUUUUCACUGCUCAGCGAGCCACCGGCGCUGCGACUCAACCGUCUGGAGCGGGCCGACACCGGAAGUUACGUGUGCAAUGUCACGUACCGCGACGACAACGCCAGCGUUAUUACCGUCACCGAGGCCCAAUUCACACUGUUCGUCGCCGUUCCCCAAGAACCACCUGUCCUGAUGGACUCAAGGGGCGUCAUUUUAAACUCAACGGCGGGACCAUACUCGGAGGGUGACAUCAUACGCUUGACAUGUUCUGUGUCAGCCACCGACCACAAGGUGACGCUAGCUUGGCGGCGCGACGGUGAACCACUGGACUCGCCACUGGGUACCGUGUCAACACCUGGAGGCCGAAGGAUGAUUGUCCUGACACUGGGUCCUCUGCGUCGAGAGCACCUGUUUGCCAACAUCAGCUGCCUGGCAACGAGCGACGUCUCAAUGCCCGCCGAGAGUUGGGUGCUCUUGGACAUGUAUCGUUGCUUUGUGGAGCUGGUCUUACGACGAGAGAACGGCCUCCGGUUGGUACAUGGUAGCUCCGGCUAUGGCUACGACCACGUCUUCAAGCGAGCCUUCGUCUCCAUUAUCGGCUCGGCCGGUUGA